UCCAGCUCUCUGAGCUCUUCCUAUGUAGAUCGCAGUACACAACAACAUUGCAGACAUGGGGAAACUGCUGAAAAUAACGCUCAUUGGCGUCGCCCUGGCCCUUCUAGGGGAAAGGAUAGCGCAUUUCAUGCAUCGCAACGUCAUGUUUAGAGAAAUAGAACCUGUUGAGCUUCCAAACUGUCAGCUCCUGAAUGGCAUCGAGUAUGGAUCUGAAGACAUUGAAAUUCUUCCAAACGGGCUGGCAUUUAUCAGUUCUGGUUUAAAGUAUCCUGGUAUGUUCAGCUUUGCACCCAACAGACCUGGAGAAAUCUUUCUCUUAGAUCUGAACGAUGAACACCUUCGGCCAUCUUCACUACGUAUAAGCAGAGGUUUUGACCUCUCCUCCUUUAGCCCUCAUGGACUAAGUAUAUACAUUGAUGAAAAUGAUGACACGGUAUACCUGUUCGUGGUGAAUCAUCCUCACAUCUCUAAGUCCACCGUGGAGAUAUUUAAAUUUGUGGAGGAUGAAAAUGUUUUGGUGCACCUGAAGACAAUUAAACAUGCAGCCCUUUACAGUGUGAAUGACAUUGUCGCUGUCGGACCCGAAAGCUUUUAUGCCACUAACGAUCAUUACGUCACGGAUUUCAUCCUGAGAUUUGUGGAAAUGUUAGUCGGGCUAAGGUGGACGAACGUCGUGUAUUACAGUCCUAGUGAUGUCAGAGAAGUGGCAACCGGGUUUUAUAGUGCCAACGGUAUUGCCAUGUCAAAUGAUAAAAGGUUCAUCUACGUUGCUGAUGUCACUGGGAAAACAAUAAAUGUGUUGGAGAAACAUGCAAACUGGUCCCUAUCGCCAGUAAAGGUGCUCCAGUUGGAAGCCUUGUUGGAUAAUCUGUCAGUGGACCCAAUAACAGGCGAUAUCUGGACAGGAGCCCAUCCAAAUGGACUUAAAUUGUUUAAGUACAGUGCAGAAGAUCCACCAGGCUCAGAGGUGAUCCGUGUCCAGAACAUUCACUCCGACAACCCAGUGGUGACCACCGUAUAUGCAAAUGAUGGCUCAGUGCUCCAGGGGUCAACCUGUGCCAAUGUAUGGGAGAAGAAUCUACUGGUGGGCACAGUAUUUCACAAAGCUCUGCACUGCAAGUUGGAGUAAUAGUGCACUCUGACCAAAACGCACCCAAACGACUGUGAAAUGCACUUCAUUUUCAGCUGGGCAGGCCCUGCAGGUGACCACAGGAGUUUGCACACUCUAAGUGACCACAGAAAGCCCAGCAUCACCACAACCUGA